AUGACUAAAGAGGAGGUGGAUAUUGUGUUUCCAUUGUUUGAAGGAUAUAAAAAUGGAAAAAUUGACAGACACGAAUUCAAAAACUGGGUGUUAAGAAUAAAUUGUUACAGGGAACGGAAAGCACUCGGACUCACUUUGUUUGACACCAAGCAAGCUUUAGAACAAUUGAAUAAACUUGUCUCCGCGAUCUUGAUUGUGGUCACUUUUAUUAUAUGGCUUCUUUUGGUGGGAACUUCAACCACAAGAGUGCUUCUUGUAAUUGCAGCUUUUUUGUUUGGAGAAACCUGCAAGACUAUAUUUCAAGUCGUUGUAUUCGUAUUUGUGAUGCAUCCGUUUGAUGUCGGUGAUCGUUGUGUGGUCGAUGGUGUCAAGUUUGUUGUUGAGAUAAAUAUUUUAACGACCACCUUUCUGAAGGGCAAUAAUGAAAAGGUGUACUACCCGAACUCGGUUUUGUAUUCAAAGCCUAUCAGCAACUAUUACAGAAGCCCUGAUAUGGGUGACUCUAUAGAGUUCUGUAUUGAUUUAAGGACACCAGCAGAAACAAUGGGCAGGCUGAAGGAAAAAAUAAAGAGAUAUUUGGAGGCCAAUAGUACCAGAUGGUAUCUUGUACACCAUGUGGUUGUGACGGAGAUUGAGAAUGACAAUAAGUUAAAGAUGGCUCUCCAUUGUUGUCAUACCAUGAACUUCCAGGACUUGGCAGUGAGGAUGGAGCGUCGAUCUGAUUUAAUCGACGAGUUGAGGAUAAUUCUGGAGGAGUUGAGCAUAAGUACAGUAUCCUUCCCGUAA